GAGCAGUAGGCAAGGAAAGUCUCACUUUCAUUCUUCCCCUAGCAAUCUUUCUUUCUUUCUUUCUUUCUUGCCACGUUUCUCACCUUCUUGGUCUCUUUCCGAUUUUGCCAUUGCUGCUUCUUUUUAUGACGCAAUUGAACUGCUCAGUAAAGAGCAAAACUUGGGUCAUCAUGGGUUCGCAACAUUAGAAUUGGUUUGCUUUUUCUGGCGAUGUAUUCAAUUUCUUCACCUGGGUUAUUUUCUUUGGCUGCAUGUUGGGUAUAUCUCUUUCAGGUGAUUGAUUCGAUUCAUUUAUGGAGACAAAUCGCAGGAGAGGCUUUGAACUCAGCGCCAUCGGCGGCAGAGGAACCAUGAAGAGGCCGAUCCCGUGUGGUGUGAUAUCUGACGAGUAUCAUAGCUCAGAUGCAGAAAUCGACGGCGAAGAAGAUCAAGUGUUCGAUCCCCAGAAGCAACAACAUUUCUCCCAACAUGAGCCAGAAUUGGAUUCUCAAGAGAUGAUAGCUAAGUCUGCAGAAAUGUAUCAGAACUACAUGUAGGAGCUUCCCAUCUCGCCGCUUCAGGGUUCACUGAUUCCGUGUUCUUCCUGCAUGGAAUUAGGGAGGUUGAUGAAGCAACUCUAUAGGCAGCCAUUGCAUUACUUCACCAACCUCAUUCUCAGAAGCUGGGACGAGCUACGAAUCGGCACUGAGAAUCAACACCAGCCAUUGGAUCUCAUCAUCCACCCCAGUAAAGCUGAGGCAACCAUCUAGCUAGUCGAAGAGGUUCAUAGGAAGACCUCAUCCCAUCACCACAUUGCUAAGCUCUGGAGUUCUGAUCCCUUGCACCGACAUUUCAUUGACGGUCUUGUACCUGAGCUUUGCAUGCCGAAUUCGUGAUGUGAUCCUCUGGCUUCCUGCUGACAUUUUGUUUCAUCAACUUUUUUCUUGUUGACUUCCAACCUGUUGUACACCCUAUCUCAUCCUUUAGAAGCAAGUUCCAUGAGUGAUAUUCUAUCUGGUUCUACACCCUGGUUCUACACCCUGGUUCUACACCCUGGUUCUGCAGUUUUAUGAAAAGCUCAAUUGCUUACAUGAACAUGAUGUCUUGUACUAAAUCCCCAAUCAUGGUGUUCCAAGACACAAGAUCAGCGUCUGGCAUCUCCUAGAAGAGCUAUCAAGCUGACUCUACAUCUCCAAAUCUAAAUAAAAACCCUGAAAUUAG